UGUGUUUUAGUCUUCGACCGACAUUCAGACGAUUUGGAUAUUCCUCUUGCGGAUGUGCCUAAAAACCUGCUGCAAAUUAUUAUUUCUGCUUCAAUAAUGCAAUAACAACAAUAACGGUACAUAUAUAAAUACACCCACCCAAAAGAGAGAGUAAACCCUCGUGGAGAGAGAGAGAGAACCAGUGGACAUGUACUCUGACAACGAUGAAGACAAUCAAAGCGAUGGAGCUGGUGGUAUGCAACGGAUCCGGAAUGUGCUGACUCUGGAGGAGCGUGUGGCCGCCAUUCGACAGUACGACAUUGUGCCCAUGUACAGCAAGAUCGCUCGCAACUUCAAUUGCAGCUGGGAGCAAAUCAAGAGUGUGGUGGCCAAUCGAACUGCCAUCCUGGCAUUCCACGAGGCCACCAAUAUCCUGAGCAAUCAGGUCACCAAGGAUGGGGAACUGCGCCGGCGGAAGCUAAACUUUUUGGGCCACUGCCUGUACGAGUAUAUCCAGAGGGCUCAGUUCUAUCUGAACAGCGAUGUGAAUGAGGAACUGAUCCGUAGCCGGGCCAUUGAGUUUCGUGACCUGAUGCGCAUCGAUGGCUUUACGCCGAACAAGCCCUGGAUUAAUCAUUUUAAGGCUGCCUACAAUAUAACUCUCUCGAAUCGUCAGAUUACCAUUACGCGAAGACCGCCGAGAUCGAUGGAUUUAAGGGACAUCAUGUCAUACUGCGGACGACACACCUCCAUGGCCUGCAACUUGCUGCCCAGAUCUCCGGAACCAACUCCGCCCACCAGCAGUGAUCAAAGGGCCAUCGAAAGACCUUUGUAUCGGGCGAAGACCCUGAUGAACACCUCUUGCCAGAAUCAAGCCACUUCCGAUGAGGUUCAUAUGCGAAGAAAGCGUAAGAUCACCUUUCUGGAAAAGUGCCUCUACGAGUAUAUCCAGCGCUCGCAGGUGCAUCACAAGGGGCGCCUUGACAUGGACAAUCUGCGAUCUGUGGCCAUUAGUUUGAGGGAUAUCUUGAAGAUAGAUAGCUUCUUCCCUGACAAGACCUGGUUCAAUCAUUUCAAGAACCACUACAAUUUCACCUUUUCUGUGGGUGUUCCUGUGACCCAUCGCCGGGUUCCACUCUCCUUGGAUCUCCGUGAUAUCGUCAGCUAUUGCAGCCGGCAUGACCAAAAGAUAACCCUGGCCCAAAAGCAAUUGGAUGGGAAAAAAACAACAGAAUCUCCGAGAACUCCCACUGAAGACGAAGACGAUGAUGACUGUGUGGCCAUAGAAAUUCCUACUGAAUUGAUAGAAAUCAAAGACGAAGAUGAAGAUGAAGACAAAAAGGUUGACUCAAUCAGGAAACCGAUUAAGCGAAAGAUGGAUGAUAAUUCCAACCAAUGUUCCUUGAAGAUAGAAAAGGUAUACCAUUCUCCACAACCCUUCAGUGAUAAUGAUUCCAUGGAAGCGGAAGUUAAGGAACCUGCACCUGCUCCCAGUCCUGGCCACAACCCAGAGGUCAGAAACGAGGCACAGCUGCCCAGCUGUGUGGAGAGCUACAAGGAUGCUCUGCGUCUGCUGAAGCCUCUCGAGGAUUUCGCCCUGAUGGAGGAGAACUACCGGGCCAUUGGCCUGCUCACCCAGCUGGAGAAGAUUUUCGAGACGGGCAAAAAGGCUGCGGAAAUGGGAUCUUUUGCUAAAUAAAAGUCCUAGCCUGUUGAAGGUUACGGAUAAAGUUAAUGUAAAUAUCAGCUUCAUUAUAUUCAUAAAUAUUUGUGUGUUCAUUCAUAAUAGUACUUUUAACACGCUAGAAUAAUCUUGAGAUAAAACAUAUAUAUUUGAAACUAUUUUGCAUACAUAUUAUAAAAUAUUAUUUACUAAUUUCUUGGACUUUGUCUAUGUAGAUAUAACUAAAUUUCCCAAUAAUGUUUAAUUAA